AUCUCGAUUAACGGUCGAGCGUCGUCGCCUGAAUUCACGGGCAUGGCAUGGCAUGGCAGCACGCGAACCGAUAAUCCUCUUCGAUGAAUCUGCGUAUCCUUCCGAUCCAAGAAAUCAAUCAAGGUUCUAGCGUUUGCAUAUCUGCAAAAUUCCAAAACCUUUCAGCGACUGCUUUGCUAUCAAUCAACAAUGUCCAUUUCCCUCUGCUUCACACCCUUGGUCUGCUUGAGCAAAAAGCCUCCUCCCAAACUCCCAUUCUGCAAGCCCAUAAGCCCUAUUUCACUCUCCGCAAGGCCAAGGAGCACUCAUUCGACUAGACUUUUCAGCGGUGUUAAUUAUGGCGGUGAUGAUAAUUUUGAGAAUUUAGCAGUCGCGGUGAAACCGAGAUGGGAGAAUUGGUUGACCACUGCUGCGAGUUUGUAUCCUCUUUAUGUGACUGUUGGUGGUGUGGUAGCUUUCUUGAGACCUUCCACUUUCGCUUGGUUUGUGGAUUUGGGUCCGACUUCUUAUAGCUUGACUCUAGGGUUUAUUAUGCUGGCUAUGGGGAUUACGUUGGAGCUCAAAGAGUUGGUCGAUUUGUUCAGGAAAAGGCCAGUGUCUAUUAUUUAUGGUUGUGUUGCCCAAUACACCAUUAUGCCUGCUUUUGGAUUUACAGUUAGCAAGUUGUUGGGGCUCUCACCUUCUCUUUCAGUAGGUUUGAUAUUGCUCGCCUGUUGCCCUGGAGGGACUGCUUCUAAUGUGGUGACUUUAAUUGCUGGAGGGGAUGUUGCCUUGUCGGUUGUAAUGACAGCAUGUACUACCCUCGCAGCAGUGAUUCUCACGCCACUUUUGUGCAAGAUUCUUGCUGGAACUUACAUUCAUGUGAAUGCCACUAACCUAGCCAUGAGCACCUUGCAGGUGGUAGUUGCUCCAAUUCUAGUAGGUUCUUAUCUGCAGAGUACAUUUCCUGAAGCUGUGAAACUAGUGACUCCUUUUGCACCUUUUGUAGCUGUGUUAUCUUCUUCACUGCUUGCUUGCAGUGUUUUCUCGGAAAAUGUUGUUCGUCUUAAAUCUUCAAUCUCUGGUCUAUCCUUAUCACAUGAUAUGUCUCCAUUGCUCCAUGCUCAAGCAUUGCUUUCCAGUGAACUGGGUGUUGUAGUACUGUCCGUCCUUUUGCUUCAUUUUGCAGGUUUUUUCGUUGGGUAUCUAUCUGCAGCUAUUGGUGGAUUUAAGGAGCCACAGAGGCGUGCAAUAUCAAUUGAAGUUGGCAUGCAAAAUUCCUCUUUAGGGGUGGUGUUAGCCACAUCUCAUUUUACCUCAUCUAUGGUUGCUUUACCUUCAGCGGUAUCAGCAGUAAUCAUGAACAUCAUGGGCAGCAGUCUGGGUUGUUUUUGGAGGUUCAUCCUUCCUUCUGAUCCAAAGGAUCAUCUCAAGGUUUCUUUUGACUGAUGGUCGUACAGAUAUCAGGUACCAAGGACCAUGUAAGAAUAAACAUUGUGGAAUCAUGGAAAUUUACCGUGUAAAGAGGAAUUUGUAAUUUGCACCUUCUUCAUGGGACAGGCCGAGAGUGGAAGAACUGGUAGAUUCUGGCAGUUGCAUAUUUCAAUCAUGUAUCCAUCUGGAUCAUGGAAGAAUAUCUGGUCAACUAUUAUCCCGCCUUCCUUUACCACAGCUUUCACAUACUCUAUCCUCAGCUCUUCCAGCUGAUGAAUUAUGAGAUUCAUGUCUGAACAUUGGAAAGAUAUGUGAUUGUCUCGUGGAUUGAUAUCCCCCUUCUGUUUGUUGGCUUUCUCUGCUUGCAGUAAGUGGAUCCCUAUCCCGUGGUUGAACAGCCUGCAAAAGGAAGAGAAAACAAGCAGCGGGAGUUUAUGUUGUGGCAAUUUUGAUCGACAAUCUUUUCUGAAUAAGUAUUUCACAUUCAUGGAAGCAAUUCAAAAUUAAACAAAGCAUGAAGAUGCUAUAUAUAGACUUUUCUUUUUAACAGUUUAUGCAUUUUGAAUAAGAUGAUUGUAGGAUAUGUUUAUUGGAAUUUAAGAUGCAUACCAGGCCCCUUCGAAUUUGAA